AUGUCGCGGCCGUCGCGCGCGCUCCCGGCGCAGCUGCCCCCGGCGGCGGCGGCGCGGGCUCUGCGGCGCGUGGCGCGGUUCGUGGGGCGCGCGCUGCCGCUGUGCCGCGCGCACACCGUGGAGUUCUUCACGCGCGGGCUCUGGCAGCGCCUCGUGGCGCCGCCACCCGACGCCGUGCUCGAGGCGCUGCGCGCGGCCGGGCCGCUGGCGCGCCCCCUGGUGGCGGGCUCGGGAGCCGCGGCGGCUCCGUGCGAUGAUGACAUCUUUUCCAGUGCAUUUUGUGAGAACUCUGAGAAGCUUAUCAAUGUACAUUUGUUUGCCCUGGCUGCUAAAUAUUAUUCUUUGUCCAACCUUGGAGUGUGCACCCCAUUAGAAGAUGUGCUUGAAGCACUGAAAGGAGACAGUGAAGGAGCAGCAGGUAUCAAACCAGAUGAGUUUAUGAAUAAUAAGAAAUCACAUGAAGUGCAGGUGAUGUCAGAGCUGGUAGACAGCAUAGCAAAUUAUUGUGGGAUAAAGCAGGUGAUUGAUAUAGGUUCUGGGAAAGGCUACCUGAGUUCAUUUCUGUCCAUGCAAUAUAACUUAAAGGUUUAUGGCAUUGACUCCUCAAGCUCCAACACAAAUGGUGCUCAUGAAAGAAAUAGAAAAUUGAAGAAACACUGGAGAGCAUAUCAGAGUCGAGGAAAAGAAAGCCUCAAAAGCCGGAGUUUGGAAAUGGCAAAUGACAGGCCAGUGGAACAUGAACUUAAUUGUAAAACAAUCAAUGAAGAGCUCUUAAAUAAUGCCAAUAGUCUUCAAAAUCAGGGCCAAGUGAUUAUUCAAGAUGUAGUUCCUUCUUGUGGUUUCACAGAAAUGGCUGCACUAGAAACCAACACAGAAACUGAAGCUGAUGUAGGGACUGGGACACAAUCUCAUGAGACCAAACUUUCUGAAGAGGUUCUUGCUGUUCUAAAUGUUCUUCCUGUUGAUGCCGUAGAAGAUUUUUCUUCAUCUCAUUGUAACUGUGGGGAACUCUGUGAAGAGGAAAAAGUACAAAGAAAAAUGACAUCUCUCAAGACUAAAGCAAGAAAGUCAAGUGAAUCAAACCUGUAUCUUCCAUUGACCUCUUGCAUAACUGCAGAAACAGAACUCAGUGACAUCAUAACAGAUCUGGAGGACUGUAUGAUGGUGGGUCUACAUACAUGUGGAGAUCUUGCUGCAAAUACUUUACGAAUUUUUACUGCCAAGCCUGAAAUCAAAGCCGUUUGCAGUGUGGGCUGCUGCUACCAUCUGCUGUCAGAACAGUUUGAAAACCAAGAAGAAUGCCACGACCAAGUCUGGGGAUUUCCCAUGUGUCAGUACUUGAAGGACAAAGGCUGGUGCUGUGGUCGCAAUGCUCGGAUGUCAGCAUGCUUGGCUUUGGAGAGAGUUGCAGUUGGCCAAAUGCUGCCUACAGAAUCAUUGUUUUAUCGAGCUGUUCUUCAGGUUAUUAUAGAAGAAAUUUAUGGUGUCACCAAAAGUGAUCGACAUGUUGGAAAAACCUUCUCCAAAUCAUCCUCCUUCGUAGAUUAUGUCAGACGGUCUCUGAAAAAGUUGGAACUGGAUGAUUCAAAGAAUCAUUUAGGCUGAAAAUGACUUUUGAGAGCAGCAUUUCCAGCUGUUAACUCAGCACUGUAAGUCCACCACUAAGCCAUGUCCCUCAGUGCCACAUCUCCAUGUCUGUCAGAGCUGUUACUUUUCUGCUAAGUUUGGACUCCCUCGUUCCAUAGCCAUGACAGAACAGCCAUCCUGCAAAACUCCCAGUACUGCAGAAGUGCAUCAUGCUCUUCCAGCUCUGCUCUUCCCAGCAGCCUCCAUCAGCACUAAUGCUGCAAUCCUACCUCCCACUUCUUUGGCCAGCUCAAGUGUGUUGUUCAGUGUCCAGGACUGUGGCCAGCAGAGCAGACACAUCAUGACCUUCAAAAGCCAGGAGAUGUGGUGGUCUGGCUGCCCUUUGGAGAACAUGCUUUGUGAAGAGCACUCAUGGUCACAGCUGCAGCAGCUGCUCUGCUGCACUGGCCAGCAAGGGCUGAAAAGGCUUGGUCAAGUUCCUGGACUGUCUGUGUAUGAAAUUCAGCCCCAAAUUGUGGCAUUUACAGUCAUAGCAGCAGUGCUGGCCACUCUCCACUUCACUGUGUAAUUCUCA